UUUGAAGUCAUAAUAAAGCAAGCCGUCUUAUUCUUUUCGAUCAAGUUCUUUAUGGUAUCAGAGCCCGAAUUUUUUUUCUGAAACGCUCUUUGCUUCUCGGCUCUGUUUUUUUUGCCUCUCGGCUCUGUUUUCUUUGCCUCUCGGCUCUGAUUUCUUCUUGCCUCUCGGCUCUGUUUUUCCUUGUUUUUUCUCUUUGUUUGAUUCACGAUGGCUCUCGCCACUACAAAUCUGAAGCAUAAAACUAUCUCUCCUUAUGACCUCUCUACUAAUGAUAAUCCUGGUGCGAUUAUAUCUCGACCUCUUCUUAAUGGUUUGAACUAUGAUGAGUGGGCUCUCAAUCUGCGGAUGGCUCUUAGUUCUCCGAAGAAAUUUGGUUUUCUCGAUGGGAGCAUUCCAAAACCAGCUGCGACAUCUCCUGAAUUUGAAGAUUGGACAGCGAACAACCACUUGCCGGUUGGAUGGAUUAAGCAAACUAUUGACCCGAAGAUUCGGUCUUCGAUUUCAACACGUGAAGUGGCCAAAGAUCUGUGGGACAUCAUCAAGAAGCGCUACUCUAUUAAAAGCGGACCUCGUUUACAGCAGCUUCGGAAUUCUUUGGCAAACUGUAAACAAAACGGAUCCACUGUUGAUGAGUACUUCGGCCGCCUCACGAAACUUUGGGAUGGUAUUGCUGACUGUAUGAACUCCAAACGUUGUACUUGUGGAAUGUGUACUUGUGAUCUCACUGCUGCCCGUGACAAGGAACUUGAAACUUUACACAUCCAUGAUUUUCUAGCUGGGCUUGAUGAUUCUGUUCACAGAGUUAUACGAUCGCAGAUAUGUGCAAUAACUCAUCUUCCUGAUCUUAAUACGGUUUAUCAAACUAUAUCCCAGAAUGAAACGAUCCGUUCCAUUGCAACAAACGAAGUCCCUGUGAUGGGUUUUUCUUCUCAAGUUCAAUCUUCUCCUCGACCAGCGACAGUUCAGACACGUGAUUUGACUCGCCAAUUCACUUCUCGGUUUAGUCCCGUGAACCGUGAUCUGACUCGCAAGUGUACAAGCUGUGGACGAAUGGGGCAUGAGGCUUCUUCGUGUUUCAAAGUCAUUGGUUUUCCAGAAUGGUGGGGGGACAGGCCACGCUCUCGCGGCGAUGCUCGUGGUUCCCAAUAUCUGCCAGCGGGUCAUGGCUGUGGUACUACUCCACAGGCUAAUUCUUCACAGAUAAUCAAUGCCAACUCUGCUGCAAUUGACUCUUCGGACCUGACGGACAAAGAUCAACAAGGACUCGUUGGACUUACUGAUGAUCAAUGGAAGCUUGUUAAGACGAUGAUCAACAACGGCAAAGCAACUGAAAAAUUGAGCGGACCGCAAUACGAGGACGCUGAUUGGUUCGGGUGAACGAGAGGGAGAGGGACUGUACCGGUUUUGUGGGAUCAGUUCUGUGGCGUCUCUACAAGUUGCUGUUCGUGAUGAUUCAGUAUUGUGACAUCAUCGUUUUGGGCAUCCUUCGUCUCGCAUUACCGGAAUGAUUCCCGAAGUUAGUAGUAGUUUUAAUAAUAAGUGUGAGGAUUUAAUUAAGAAAUGUGAGGUGUGUUUACGAGCUAAACAAACUCGUCCGGUUUUUCCCGAUAGUUCUAAUAAUGCUCAAGCAAUUUUUGAUUUGA